AUGGGAUCUGCAUCAGGAAAAGUGUACGUUCAGUUCGACAAUUUUUGCGAAGACAAGACUUACGAGGAUAUCGCUUUAGAAAAGUUUGGAUGCGAUCUGAAAGGGACGGUAUUGUGUCCAGAGAACGAGACAUCAAUCACUUGUCUCAAUGGUGGUGCGUGUGCACUCUAUCUCAAGGACCUGGAGGAUGUAUGUGAACAAAAAUGUCGAUGCACGCCUGAUUAUAUUGGGAAGUACUGUCACCUGUAUAACGGUUUUCUGAAUGCAACAGUUGGCCUUAUGGUCGGGAUUCUAUUGGCAAUAAUCCUCACUGUAUUCAUCGUCAUCAUUGUAUGGUACUGCUGAUGCACGCCUGAGUAUAUUGGGAAGUACUGUCACCUGUAUAACGGUUUUCUGAAUGCAACAGUUGGCCUUAUGGUUGGGAUUCUAUUGGCAAUAAUCCUCACUGUAUUCAUCGUCAUUAUUGUAUGGUACUGCUGGUGA